AUGGCCAACGACGAAUAUGAUUUCCUCUUCAAAGUUGUGUUGAUCGGUGACUCUGGAGUCGGCAAGUCGAACCUUCUCAGCCGAUUCACGCGAAACGAGUUCAACCUCGAUUCCAAGUCCACCAUCGGCGUCGAGUUCGCCACCAGGUCGAUCCAGGUCGACUCCAAGACCAUCAAGGCACAGAUCUGGGACACCGCCGGACAGGAGCGAUACCGAGCCAUCACCUCCGCCUACUACCGCGGCGCUGUCGGCGCCCUCCUCGUCUACGAUAUCAGCAAGCACCAGACAUACGAGAACGUGACGCGAUGGCUAAAGGAGCUUCGCGACAACGCUGAUGCCAACAUUGUCAUUAUGCUGGUCGGAAACAAGAGUGACUUGAGGCACCUGCGUGCUGUUCCUACCGAGGAGGCCAAGUCGUUUGCUAGCGAGAACCACCUGUCCUUCAUCGAGACAUCUGCUCUGGACGCGAGCAACGUCGAGCUGGCGUUCCAAAAUAUCCUGACUGAGAUCUACCGAAUCGUAUCCAGCAAGGCGCUCGACAGCGGCGACGGCGCCCAGGCGACCAUCAGCGCCGGUACCAACAUCUCCCUGAGCAAGCCUGCCGACGACGAGGCGUCCAAGGGCGGCAAGUGCUGUUAA